CAUAUGGGUCAGUCGCCCACAGUCUCCCAGCGAAGUCUACAUCAAUGUGUUGUGUGUUGAAUGAUUGUUUAUGAAACUGUGCACAAUUUUCUCGAUUAGCGUGGAUCUGGAUGUAAUUGAUUUUCUUAUAAAAAGAUAAAAACAAAGAAGUAAGAUGCGGAUUGACAAUUUUGAAGUUCAUUCCUGCUGCUUUUUUAUACCUUUAAGGACUGGAGCCAAACUAUUUGGAUUUAUAUCUUUGGUGGGUUGUCUUGUGGCAAGUUUCUUUUCAUUCGCGGAGUUGGUGUAUGAGGCGAAACAUCACAGUUAUAUAGAGUGGAUGUUAGUGCUGGAGCUGGUUGCAUUGUUGGUACAAAUGGGCACAUCAGUUCUUCUUCUUGUUGGAACAUAUCAGGAGCAAGCUAAGCUGAUUCCUCCGUGGCUCAUAUCCACAUUUGUCUCGGCUGUGUUAGAGGUGUUCUUCAUGCCUUCUGUGGUAGGAGAGAUUGUCGGAGUACGCCACAGGACUAUCACUCAAUGGCUAAUUUUUACUAUCUUCAUGCUAUUGGAUGAUAUCUAUGGGCUACUUGUAGUCUUCAGUUACUACCGCAGUUUGUCCCCUCUACGGCAACAGAGCUUGGUAUGAAUAUUAUUUUUCUUAACUCGUACUUUUUGAGUAAGCUACACAAAAGUGCAAUAUAAAGUGAUGAUUGUAUUGAAUUAUAUUGUAUAAAGUUUACCCUUUGCCUGUAUAAAUGAGUCAAAAUGUAUUUUUAUAAUUUAGCAAUAAUAAUAAUGUUUUAUACAAAA